CUAGCAGUUUUGCGGAGACCCAGAAACUGCCGGAGAGUUUUUCCGCCAGCAAUAUGCUUUAAGUACCCUCUAAGAUCUCAUCUGUUACAUCCAAACUUCAUCAACUUUACAGAAGACAGCCUGGAUGCAUAGUACAAACAUGUCUAAGCCAGUUUUUCAUAAUCCUCAACUGCUCUCGUUGGAUCAGAAAUGCACCAAAUGUCUGUUAGAGACGUUCGUCAAGCGUAGCCUCAGCCUGAAUGACGGAGGUAAGAAACAUCAGCUGAAACAAUGCAAAAAAGUCAAAAAGCAGGAGCAAGGAAGCCAGGCCAGACGGGCAUCUAGUGACAGCUCUGCUCACCGAUUGUCCGUCGAAUGGCUUGUGAAGACCACUGAGUGCACUGAAUGCACAACAUCAGCACCUGCUUUCCAGAAAAAGAGCCGGAAAACACCGAGCAGAACCAAAUCGUUCUUUAGGGGCUUUCUCAACCUCUUCACUAAGAAGAAGUUUGACCCGAAUUUGAAAGGGAAGAGUGUUUUAGAAACAGACUCUGGACAUUCUACAACAGAACAGAGGCCUGAUGAGUCGGUUGGAAGCUCAUCCGUCCACAGUGAGAUGGUGAGGAAAAAAAACUCUCUGAAGAGGAUCUCGUUCAGCAAUCAAAAUGUUGUGAGUGUGGACUCUACUAAUGCAUACUUUGAGAGAGUGUCAGAGGAGCUAGAGUGGAUUGUGAAGGAGAUUCAGUUCAGUCCAAAAGAAGAUUCUGCUCUACUGCCCUCUGCUGCUUGUGUAGGAGAUGACAGCAGCCCUGCAGGUGAUGACAUUACUAACAGAAUUAUCAGUUUACUGAAGCAGCAUGGAGAUAUUAUUGAUCAGAAGAUCAAAAGGAACAGUAGUGUCCAAGUGUUCCUCCAGAGACUGUCUUACAGCUCCUUCCAGCAGCUGGCAGAUGGCUACAUAGCCCAGAUCCCCAGUCCUCUUCCCAAGAGCACAGACGCUUCCCUGGAACUGGUCAGACUUGCCUUCACCCUGGACUUUACGGCCAAAGUGGCUGGAUUGUGUGGCCAGACAGUCGGUCGAAUCAUGGGGUUUGGUAAUCAAUACCUGCAGGACUCCUUCACACAAAUGUGCGCUGCCCACACACAGGUCUGUGGAGAUUUGGAAGGACAGAACACCAGUGAUCCUGACUGAUGGCUCUGAGGUUAUAAAUGUGUAGUCAUAAAGUGCAAUAGCCUUAACUCAGGGGAAAAAAACACUUUGAUAUACUCUAUGUGCUGAUACUUUUGUGAACUUAGCCAAUUGUAGUCUGUUUAUACUGUAGUCUUUAUACAAUGAACUCAUGUGUUACCACCAGUGUUUCCUUUAGGAUUUGUUUUUGUAGUGAGAGGCAAUGACAGUCAGUGAGGACAACACAACAGAAAGUUAUGUCUGUCUUUCUGGUCACAUGCUGUACAAUUCACAUGCACAGAACUCGGCUAAUAUUUACAUUUUGGCCGUGGUGCUGCAGAUGAAUAGUGGUCCAGAAAGGAUCAGGUUACCACUAUAGGAAUUAAAACAGUGUGGUAUUGAUGUUGAAGCUGUGACCUGCAAACUGUUUUUGUGUCUUGUUUACAUGGAAAUUGUAGAAAAAUAGUACCGGCGAAAUUACUAUUUUGGUGGUUUUUAAAAUAAAAAAAAGACACUUUCUUUUUAUGCUUGAACACAUUUACAGAAGUGAUUAUUUUUCACCAUGUGGUGAAAUUUUUUGGCUGAAUAACAGAAAAAUGUGAGUUGAUCUGGUCUCUUGUGUGUUUAAGCAAUUACAUGCAACCAGGGACUAAAAAUGAAAUGCUUUUCAGUUUGUUUUGAGCAAAAACUGUAUUUUUUUCAUUCCGGUUCAGAAGUUCUGCAGCCUCCUUUCCAAAAGGUCACCAGUUAGAACAAAAUGAAAGAACGGUUAUAACGUUCUUUUUAAAAUGACAAUACUCUCCGCUAUGGGGUGGGUGAAAUAACAAUUGCAGUGUUACCAGAUCUCGCAAGAGAAACAAGCUCAAAAUAAGCCACUUGCCUCACCAAAAUAAGUGAAAUAAGCAAUUUUUUUUUUCCUAUGGUGGAUUUAUCAGCAUAGAAA